ACAGUUUUCAAUAUAAAUUGUGAUAUAUAUUGUUUGUUUUUUUGCUUUUUCACAUGCGUAAUUUAUAACUCUAUACACUUUAUACACUCUAGAGUAUAACUACUAAACUUUUUAUUACUCUUUAUACCAAUGUGCACCAUAUGAAUGUGCCGGUCGUUUUAAAAUUGUUUGAAAAUGUUGCUGAAACACCGCGUUCUUUUAACAAAAUUAAAUUAUAGAAGCAAAUAUCACAGAAAAUAUUUAUCAUCACAAUCUAAUAUCGCUGAAAUCGACGUACCAUUUUCUAAUGGCUCCACUUUAAAGUUAAGGUCUGGUCAAUAUGCAAGGUUUGCUGACGGAGCAUGUGUGGCUACACUCGGUAGCACCAGUGUGCUGUCGACAGUGGUAUCAAGGGCAAAACAAAGCAGUGCCUCAUUCCUCCCGCUUGUAGUUGAUUAUAGACAGAAGGCUGCGGCUGCUGGCCGAAUACCAACUAACUUUUUAAGAAAAGAACUAGGUCCAACGGAACGGGAAAUCCUCACAUCACGAGUGAUAGACAGGUCACUUAGACCCUUGUUCCCGCAGAACUAUUUUUUUGAUACUCAGAUAGUAUGCAAUAUGCUUGCCGUGGACAGUACAAACCCACCAGAAACAAUAGCUAUCAAUGCUGCCAGUGCUGCAUUGGCACUGUCUGAUGUACCAUGGAACGGACCAAUAGGCGCUGUGAGAAUAGGACAAAUAGAUAAUGAGCUGAUCAUCAACCCAACCCGACGGGAGCUGGAGCAGUCCAGCCUCAACCUGGUGGUGAGUGCAGCAGCUUCCAACCUGGUGGUAAUGCUGGAGGGCCAUGCGAAUGACAUCCUGCAGCAGGAUCUGUUGAAAGCCAUCAAAUUAGGAACGAAAGAAGCUCAGAACAUAGUGCGCAGUAUCGAAAAGCUACAGAAAACGCAUGGCAAGAUGAAGCGCGAAUACGAAAUACCGGAACCGCUCAAUGAAAGCAUUGUGGAGACUAUUAAGACUCUAUCAACUAUGAAAAUUAGAGAGAUAUUGAGCGACUAUAACCACGACAAGACGUCCCGCGACAACGCAAUAUCCGAACUCCGGCAGACAGUGCUCAACCAGCUGAGGGAUACGGAGGAAGACGUGGCCAAGUUGCAGGACUGCUUCAACAAGCACCUGCGACAGACCUUCCGGGACAUGAUCUUCGAGACGGACACCAGGUGCGAUGGGAGAGGGCUGGACGAUUUGAGGAAGAUUAGCUGUGAGGUGUCGUUAUACGAGCCCCUCCACGGCAGUGCGCUAUUUCAGCGCGGGCAAACCCAGGUGCUGUGCACUGUGGCUUUCGAUUCACCUGAGAGCGCUUUAAAAAUGGACCCUCUCACUAUGAUAACAAGCGGAAUAAAAGAAAAGAGUUUCUUCCUCCACUACGAGUUUCCGUCAUACGCGACGGGUGAAGUGGGGCGUAUGGGGCCAGCUGGCCGCCGCGAAAUGGGGCAUGGGGCACUCGCCGAGCGCGGCCUGAUGCCCGUUGUGCCCCAACACCCGUGCACGGUGCGGCUCACUGCGGAGGUGCUGGAGUCCAAUGGCUCGUCGUCCAUGGCGUCGGUGUGCGGCGGGUCGCUGGCGCUGCUGGACGCGGGGCUGCGGCUGGGCGCGCCGGCCGCCGGCGUGGCCGUGGGGCUGCUGGCGCGCCCCGACGCGCAAGGUCACGUCGCCGACUAUCGGAUACUGUGCGACUUGUUAGGUAUAGAGGACUACAUGGGCGAUAUGGACUUCAAAGUGGCGGGUACGAAGAAGGGCAUCACCGCACUGCAAGCUGACAUCAAAAUACCUGGUCUUCCACUCAAGGUCGUGAUGGAGUCCGUGCAAAAGGCCUGCGACUCUAAGAGCAAGAUCAUCGACAUAAUGAACCAGUGUAUCGACAAACCGAGAGAAGUAAACAAAGAGAACAUGCCAGUAAUUGAGGAGUUGGAAGUGGAAGUGCACAAGCGCGCCAAGCUGCUCGGAGUCGGCGGGAUCAAUCUGAAGAAGCUGUAUGUGGAGACUGGUGUACAGAUCAGCCCGGUGGACGAGACGCGCUACAGCGUGUUCGCGCCGUCGCCCGCCGCCAUGGACGAGGCGCGCGCGCGCGUGGCGCGCUGGCUCGCCGCCGACGCGCAGCCGCUGCUCGAGUUCGGCGCCGUCUACAGCGCUAAGGUGGUGGAAGUUAAAGACAUUGGCGUGUUGGUGACGCUAUACAACGGCAUGACGCCAGCGCUCGUGCACAACUCGCAGUUGGAUCAUAGAAAGAUAAUGCAUCCAUCGGUGUUAGGCCUGGACGUUGGUUCUGAGAUUCAGGUAAAGUACUUCGGCCGCGACCCUGUCUCGGGCCAGAUCAGACUUUCGCGAAAAGUUUUAUCCUCCCCGCCACCCCCACACGUGCGCAAACUAGAUAAGAGCUAGCUCUAAAUUAGCAGCUAGACCGAAUAGGUAGCCCCAAAGUGUUAGACACGUUGUA